CGAAAGGGGAGGGGGGAUGGGUGCCUCUUGAAUGCAAAGAUCCGACACAGAAGCAGAGCCCUGUUUCAUAUACAGCACUAUACCUAUACAUAAACACACAUAAAUACAUUAUACUUUGAAAUAAACCCACCAUUUCACCUGGAAUCUACCGGAGACACCCAAUGGAUGUAGUGCACAUGGAAACGACGGGGGAUGUAACUUUCCCUUCAUUUCUGGGAGGCGCUGAUAAGUUUGUUUGCCACCCCUGGAGAGGGAGCUACUUUUAGGGUUACGAAUCCAGGAGACACCGAGGCCGGCGGACGGGCCUACUGGUUGGAUUGGAUUUGAUGUUGGGAUACUCCAAGGGAUUCCAUGCCUUCACCUCGCUCGUACAAGUUUGUUAUGCAUCUUUAGGUCCCCCAUGACCGUCAGCCGUGGGCUACGGCUCAGCGGCGCCCCACCAUUGGAGUGGUUUGUCACUGUAGUUGGAGCACUGUGAUUUCUCUACCUACCGGCGACCCCCACCACCUCCCCUCCCCCCCUCCCAUCCCAUCCUGCCCCUCCCACCCCCCCACCCCCUUUUCCCUCCCCCCUCUUCCCCUCCCUCCCAAGCAUCGCAGUGCUGGACGUCAUGAGCAUAGUAAUCGCUCUGGGAGUCAACACACCUGAGACAUCUUACACAGAAAUGGCUGCUGGAUCAGACCCUGAGUCAGUUGAAGCAAGCCCUGCAGUAAAUGAGAAAAACUUCAACAACCACAGCUGUGGAAGUGCACAAAGUCAUGGGUAUCGGGGACUACCAUACGCUAUGCAACAGUCUUCCGUUGUGUGUUGUCAGGAUCACAACUACGGUGCGCCCCCUCCUCCCACCCCACCCGCUUCCCCACUCUCUCAAACCAUCAUCCCUCGACUGGAUAUCAAUGGCGUGCUACGCAGCUCCCGCUAUCUUGAAAGCACAGAGGACAACUCGGUGGACAGCGAUAGCUCAUCAGAGGAGGAUGGGGCCGUAGCCACCUGGUGUCACUGCACUCUGAUGCCAGACGGCUUGCUCAUUAAAUGUGACCAGUGCAGGGGUCUUGAUAGGAGGAAAGGCACAGACAGCCAGCACAGGAAAAAUGAAAAUGUCUCAGCUGGCGAGAGCAGUGGCACGGAGAGCGGCGAUGAAGAGGUGUCACCUUCCACCGUUUCCUACACGGCCACCCAGCAUACGCCCACCAGCAUCAAACUCACUGUCAACAGAGUCAAAAGGAGUAAAUCCAAAAAGAGGAAAAAGAGCACAGAAAAAACACGUGGAACACCAAAGGGCAAGAAAGUCAAAGCUUUUAGAGAGGGCUCUCGGAAAUCUAUGAGGAUGAAGAACUCGACAACAGAGGCGAGCGUGCUGGAUGAGAACACAGCAGAGGGAUGGGAGAGUCGAAUCCGCCAGUGGACGGACCAGUAUGAGGAGGCUUUAGCCAACCAGUACAGCGCUGACAUCCAAACGCUGCUCCAGCUUCACCGAACUGUCAGCACCUCUGUUGUGAGCGCAGAGAGCGGAGCCACAAGGCCCGCACCCGCCGCACAGACCUCAGUUGACAGCAUGGACACCAUCAACCGCACCGAGUUGGCCUGUAACAACACAGUGCUCGGCUCACAGAUGCAGCUGCAGUUAGGACGAGUCACACGUGUGCAGAAGCACAGGAAGAUCCUCCGUGCAGCCAAGAACCUGGACCCAGACGCCCUGAUCAUUGAGUACCGAGGGAAGGUCAUGCUCAAGCAGCAGUUUGAGGUCAACGGGCACUUCUUUAAAAAGCCCUACCCUUUUGUGCUGUUUUACUCCAAGUUUAAUGACGUAGAGAUGUGUGUGGAUGCAAGGACCUUUGGAAAUGAUGCCCGCUUCAUUCGAAGAUCCUGCACACCAAACGCAGAGGUGCGACACGUGAUUGCUGAGGGGAUGAUCCAUCUGUGUAUUUAUGCCCUCAGUGAAAUCACAAAGGAUGCUGAGGUCACCAUUGCAUUUGAUUAUGAGUUCAACAGCUGUAACUACAAAGUGGACUGCGCAUGCCACAAGGGGAACCAAAAUUGCCCUGUGCAGAAACACAACAUGAGCCCCAGGGAGAGCCUGCUGAGCCCCCCUGCUGUACCACCACCCUCUCCUUUGGUUGGUGCCGAGACCCGGCAGAGAAAGGCCCGUCGGCGAGAGCUGGAGGGUUGCCUGGGUGGCGAUAGCAGCCAGCCCAUCCAGCACAGGGAGGUCAAAGAGCUCCAGGGAAACAGUGAUGCUGAGGGAACGCUGGAUGAGGUGAAGCUGGAAGAGUUGGAGGAAGGAGAGGUGGAUGAAAACGGGAUUGCCAUCGCCAGUAAAAAAACAUUUAACAGUCUGGAAAGGAGGCGGAGGAGAACAUGGGUGGAUGUAAAGGAGGAUGGUGUGGAAACAGAAGAGGGGACAGGAAACACCCCCAUACCCCACAACCCAGGGUUAGGGAUCAGCACACGACGCACUACCUAUGUCACAGAAACACCAUCCAUUGAAGAAAAGACCUCAACACCAAACCUGCCUGCCCCAGUUGCCCCUCCGAAACCCUCACGGCCUUCCAAACCUCGCCCCAAGAGCCGAAUCUCUCGCUACCGUUCCAGCUCAUCCCAGCGUGCCAGACGGCAGCGUCAAGCACUCGCCCAGCAGGCGGCUGCUGCAGCUCCUUCAGCAGACCAAAGUACCGGUCUGGACGAGGAGGGUCCUCAUGGCGUGUAUGGUUCUGAGCCGGGGCAAGGGGAGAGCGGGCUAGGCGCUGGUCGUCUCCUUGAUGGAGAUGGCCAGAGUUUGAACUGCAUUAACAGAGGCAACCUACGUUACCCCAAGACCAAGAAGUAUCUGGUGACAGAGUGGUUGAACGAAAAAAUCCCUGGAGGGGAAAAGGUCCAACAAGAGCUGCCUGUUGAGCGGCCGCUGCGGAUAACCACUGACCCGACGGUGCUGGCCACCACCCUCAACAUGUUGCCGGGCCUCUCGCACUCAUCUGUUAUCUGCACCGCGCCCAGACACUAUGUACGCUUUGGCUCGCCUUUCAACCCCGAGAGACGCCGUCCACGUCCACUGCAGAUGGACGGCACCUAUGGUUGCUUUAAAAAGAGAUGGAUCAAGCAGGUGGAGGAUGAGAGCUGUUCAGCCAGUGUGGAGGACGGCACAGAAUCCACCUCCUCCCAGCAAAGCACGAGCAGCAGAUCCACCCCAAAUCCCUUGUCCAGCGAGCUCAACGCACCUUUCAAGAAGCGCCACGCCAAGUACAUGACCGAGACGACACAGACGCCCUCUGAUCACCUGCUUCGCCCAUUGUCACCCAUCACCCCGCCCCUUCCUGAGGACCCCAUACUUCCAUUGCUUCACAACCCCUUUAUUAGCUCCUUGCUGCCAAAUGGCCUUGCAUACUCACCCAUGCCCUCACUGCCCACCAGCCGCUGCAACACACCGCUGCAAUUUGAAAACAUAUCAUCCCCCGAGGCGUCACCCGUUCACCGGCCGGAAUCUAUCUCUCCUGAGCCAUGUCUUCAGACAGACUUUGAUGUCCCUCGGACGCAGUUCCCAGAUCUUUCACUGCCCUCGAGUUUGGAGAGCCCCAUGGCUGGGGCUUCAGAUGACUUUUCCAUCCCGGGAACUUCUUUAGGCAAUGAUUCCCAUGAUUCAUCAUCUGCAGGGAUCAGUUCCUUAAAGCAAGUGUCCAGUUCCAGCGCAGAGCGAGCCCUCAAAAGCAGGGAGCAGGCCUUCAGGACAGAGUUUAACCUCAUAUACACGUGCUCGCCACUCAAUGCGAACUUGGCAAACCACGUGUCCACGGACCGACGUCUGUCUCAGUCACAAGGAGGGCUCUCUCCCGCGCAGUCGUUCCAUCAUUCUUUGAGUAGCCAGGGGCAACUUGGGGAUGUUGGGCCCAGUUGCAUGUCGCCUUAUAAUGAACUUCAAUACGGGGGAGGCUACCCAGAGAGUGGCACACCUCCACACACCAGCAACCCUCCACAAAAAAAGAAGAGGGCCACCCAGCAUACCAUUAGUCUGCUGACAGGGAGGGCAGAUUACCAGGCUAUAGCUCUAAGAAGUCAAUACAAGGCUGUUCAAAAUAUGGUGUCAUUGUUGGAGUACCGUAAGAGGAAGCAGGUGUGCAACCGCGACCCUGAGCUGUCCAGCUGUAAUUCAUCCUUGGGCAGCACCCCCACUCAGCCUGGUCCUCACUACAGCCAGGACACCCACCAUCCCCAUUACCUGAUGCAGACCCUCACCUCCCCGCACAACUCCACAUCUUCAUCAGGACAUGGCAGUUCUAUUCCUCAGAUAGAGGAGGUCAGUCCUCCACACCACCAUGGCUCGUCUGUGCAGACCAGACUCGAGGAGAGCAACAAUCAGUGGAUGGUUCCCACCACUGUUGAACGUCUACGGGAAGGUCAGGGAGCAUUGGAGCGAGUGCUCAGGAGCAUCAAGAUGGAGCGAAUGUACAAGAGGAGCGAUAGUUCUACCGAGAAAGAAUCUGGUAGGCACAGUUGACAUCAAUAAAGAUCUCACACUUUCAUACUCCCCAUACCACAAACUAGCAUUUUUCAGCUACCCCUAACCUAGGGGUAUUCAACUAAAAUUCACAUACAGAUACAGAAAAUUCUCACAAGCUAAAGUCCAGCCCGGCACCGCCGACUCGUCUCGCUGUCCUCAUGAGCUGUAUCUAUCACUCGUUUGUGUCUUCUUUUCCUGCAUGUCUCACACAUUCUUCCGUGUCACUUGCUUUGCUUCUCUCCUCUUUCAUCUGUUUUGGUUGGAUUUAGAGUCACAAUGUUUAGCACCAAUGCACAGAAUUCAUUGGCUGAGUAACAUCCCGUGGGCUGGCUUAACUUGCAUGCAAUUGGUCAGUGGAUAUUUCCUGAACUCAUCAACCAGUACUGUAAAGUCUUAAAAAAAAAAAAAAAAAAAUGAUGCACCAGUCAAAAAAGAAGCACCCGGUCAAAACUUAAAAUUGGGGGUCUGAAACUCACGACCCGUGGGCCUUUGCGGCCCACCAAAUCGAAUCUUACGGCUCGCGACUGGACAUCAAGGAGUGGUGUAACCGCAGCCCGCAACAUCCGGGCAAGCUCAGUGUUACUUCCACACUUACAGGGGCAAGUAAACACCAACACUAACUUACUAACAUGGAUGUAUUGUGUAUCGUAUCGUAUCGUAUCGUGAGGUACCCUGAGAUUCCCAGCCCUACUCCCAAUACUUGAUGCGGCCCAGCCUCACCCAGACUCUACCUCCACUGGUCCCCAGUGAAAUUGAGUUUGAGACCCCUGCUUUAAAUACUUCAAUAAUUUACUGGCUUUAAGUCCAGGUCCGUAUUGGAUGUCGUCUGGGUCCAGACUCGAAGACUGCAGUCCGUCAGUUAGUCAUCCCUGUCCUAACCCCUAAACUUGUAACAUGUAACCCCAACCCAAACCUCAAGCAGCUAACGGGUCGGCAACCCACGGCUCGGGAGCUACAUCCAGCUUUCAGCCUCUUUGUUGUGGUUCCCUUCGCAAUGUUCAAAUAUUUUUUUAAUACCUGAGUGGGCAAAAUGUGCAUUUUUGAAAUGAGUUAAAAAAUAUCCGACUGUAAGACCGUAGUUCUGACUGGUGGUUGGAUGAGCAUGAGGAUUGUGGGGUAGCCAGUGUUUGCCUGCCUGCGUUGGUUGAGACGUGACAGCGGUAAACUAACCAUCAAUAUAUCCGCCCCCAAAAGAAAACAUCUCACAAGAAAAUUGUUUUUAAUUCCACAUGGACAGAUUCCUUUGUCUUCUCUGCCAACGAAACAACAAAAAACGCGUCAAAUUUUCAAAACAAGUACGCUACACUUUCUGUAAAAGUACUCAUUAAUUUCAAAGUAGAUCUACAUGUGUUACAGUGGUCAUUAGGGAUGUCCAAUGCCGAUCCGCUGUAUUUUGAAGGUUGGAGAGAAUCUGCUUCCGCCAUGAGAUUGAGUUGGUUUGGUUGCCACAUAAUGUUCGUAACUCUGGGUCACGCUCCAACAUGGCAGGUGCAGCGAUGCGCCUCCAAGCUGGUUGCCACUCGACUCCUGCCACCCGCAAGAAGAAAAUGCAAAAAAAAAAAAAAAAAAAACAACACAAGUAUAAAGACAAAAUAUUAAAAGAAUAAAGUCAUAAUAUUAAGAGAAAAAAUUGCAUAUAGUUAAAAUACUGAAGACUAAAAUAUGUAUUUUUUUAAGUCAUAGCAUGAGAAACAAAUCAAACAAUAAUAAAAAAUACAAAUUUUUGGGAAAAUGACAUUGGGAAAAAGUUACAAUAUGAUAAAGAAAAAUAUUAUGAGGCUAAAGUCAUAUUACAAGAAAAAAAUGUACAAGAAGAAUUUGAAAUAUUUCUAAACAUAUUUUUAAAAAAGCAAGAAAGUGUCAUGUAAGGAGAAAAAGUUCAUACUAAUAAUUAGGGCUGUCAGUCGAAUAAUAAAAUAUUUAAUCGCAUUUUGUCCAUUGUUGAUUGAUAAUUAAUCACAAUUAAUCGCAGAUAGACGUUUUCAUUUAUAAUAAAUGUACCUUUGAAAGAUCAUUUUAAAGUUUUGAAUACACCUAUCAAAAUGAGACUGGAUAAUGUUUUAUUAAACAUUGCUUUUUUUUUUCAAGAGCUCAUCACGAAAUGGACGUCAAUGUACUGUAUAAAAAAAACAAACACAAUGUACAACAAGUAGAUGUUGGUAAGGUCCAUCACUCAAAUAUCAUCCUCUUCAAGCAAAUAAUGUCAUAAUUGUGACUAACAUUACAAAUAAUGGUUUACAAAAACACCCAUCAAUGAAGUGAAAUUAAAACCGGGUGUUGGAAAAAUAAAUAUUAGCAACUUACAAAAAUAAAGUGCUCAAGAACAGUUAGUAGUUUACAGAACCCAUAUACUGUCGUACAGUCAGGCUAUACCUUAUAUCUGACUUCCAAACACUCUUUACGUAGACACAUACACACACUUCUUGGUCUGGUAACUUCAGGAGCAUGGAAGUAUGACACUACGGGUCUUGUAACAUGCAACUUUUAUUCUGUCCUAUUUGCAGUUAAAGCACAAACCCCGAUAAAUUGCCAACAACUAAUAACACGAAUACACUCCCUCACGAGCCUAUACUACCAUCUCAUGCUGUGUGUGUGUGUGUGUGUGUGUGUGCCCGCUCACUUCUGCUUUGUGUGGCAUAUGUGAUUCAGUGUACUCCGGUGACACAACAGUAGAUUAAAAAAAAAUAGCUUUGGUGGUGUCGAGAGAGCCAUCUGCCAGGGCUUUGAAGCUAAACUUACCUUUAAAAAAAAAAAAAAAAAACACUUUUCUUGGUUCAUUUCUGCUUAAUGUUUGUUCUCACUUGUGACUCAGCGUUAACUGCAACACCCCUGUGUUUUCUCAAACUACGGUGUCAUAAAGGACGUGCGCACGUUAAUAGCACGUCGAAAAAAAUCGUGGCCUUAAAGGGACAUUCCAUUAACUCGUGAUUAACUUGUUAACUUUGACAGCCCUAGCUGGUGUAUUUGUAAAAAUAUUAAAUACUGGCAGAAAAGUGUAAUCCCAAGUUCCCAAGUGGGGUACACCAAUUGUCAUUGUGAAUAAAAAUGAAAAACAAUUAGCGCCUAACUCUAACAAUUACGAGCGUACCUGAGUAGAAGGAAGGAAGGAGACACGGCAGGACGUUCUUCAUUGCUCUGUGUGUGUUAUAUGAAUCGGUAAGUUUGAUGAUUAUGUUGGGUUCUAACAGUGUUUAAUCUUGAAGGUUUAACUUGUAUUGGUGUUCCAGUAUGCGCACUGUGAAAAAAAAUGUACCUAUGUGCGUGUCAGGAUGAUUAAGUGGAGAUUCCCCUAAAAGUGAGGCAUUAUUGCUGCUUGUAUGUAUUUUUGUACUUUGGAUACUGCUUUAUAAUGCUUGUUCAACUUUCCCUUUCAAUUUGUAUCAAAUUAAUAUGCAGAUUUAAAUUGUAGCAAUUGCAAGUGGACAAAAGUGAAGCUUAAGUUCAACCCAUUCAAAGGGAAGGAUCCCAACAUCUGGCGGAAAUAAAAUGAUUAUACAAUUAUUAUCACAAUUUUUGACCAUGUUCAAUACGCAUUUUUAAACCAGAAUGACUUACUAUAAAAUUAAUUACCAAAAAACAAUUAAUCAUGUUUAAUAUUUGAAUUUAAUGAAAUGUAAAAAUGGUUUGUUUUUAAGUGCAGCUGUAGGGGGUACAUGGCUUCAAGUCAAAUGUCUGAAGGGGUAUGCGACUGUAAAAAAAAAAAAAAAAAAAAAGGUUUGGGAACCACUGAUGUAAUGUAAGGAGAAAAGGUUCAUACUAAUAGUAAUUUGUCUUUUUGUUGCCGAAAACACAAAUAUAUCUUUGCAUGUCUACAUGGGUUGGUGUAAAAAAAAAAAAAAAAAUUUAAGUGGCCCCGCAUCCUUCGAUUUUUCAGUGUGGCGUGGUGUAGGUGACCUACCUGGUGUAGGUGAAUAAGUGUUAAAGGAAAACUCCCCCCUUUUUUUUAUUUUGCCCAUCAUCCACAAUCCUUAUGUGAGACAUGAACACACGUCUUUCUCUUUUCUGUGCCCUCUAAAGAUAUAAAAGCUAAAAAGAGGCAGGUAAUUAAUGCACGUAAUGGGACACACGUAUUCUGCCUAGAAAGCCCGCUAUUAAAACACCUCCAAAAACCACCAACAAGGUUUCAUGGUUUUUUAUCCAUGCUGUAACCAUGUCGUAACCAGGCACAUUCAUGAUAACUAUUUUGCCGUAUUUUGGUCAUUUUAAGCGUUACCGGAACUUCCUUCCUGGGCGCAUUAAUUUCACACAACAUAGAAAAGAACGCUACACCGAGUAGCAAUGGCGGCAGCUACAAUAUGUAGCGUUACCUUUUGGUAGUGGCCUGAAGCAUUGUGAGAGUGUGUGUGGUGAAGCUAGUCGCUAGCCGGCUAGAGCUAACAGGUGUCGUGUGGGGAGGUGUCACUACACCAGUAACGUAGUCCUUCGGCGUAAAAUGUUAAUAACAAUAAUAAUAACAAUGUUGCUGUACCACAGAAAAGUGUGUUCAUUUCUCACAUAAGGAUUGUGGAUAAUGGGCAAAAUUCCUCCCAAAAAGUACCUGUUGUGUGUGCUGUUGUGCAAUUGAAUAACUUGCCUUUCCACAUGAAAUGUCUGUUCUUUGUCGUAAAUUUUGUGAAAGACAUUUCUACAUAAAUGCAACUUAUUGUCCAAUGCGACUUUUAUGGGUUUUUUUUUUUUACUCUUCAUGAUACAUUUUCUUUACUGAUGCAACUUACAGUUUGGUCCUGAGCGACUGCCCUCUCACCGUUGUUAAUGGUAAUGUCCACUCCUUGGUUCAUGUCAGCCAGUAUGUAUUCACAUUUAUAAACAUGAUCGAUAAGAUAUAUAUUUUUUGAUUAUAAGUCGCACCUGACUUAAGUUGCAAGAGCAGCCAAACUAUGAAAAAGAGUGUGACUUUUAGUCAGGGAAAAUUUGACACAGGCCUUUGACACAUUUGACAUGACAAAAUAAACGUUUCUUUGCUCUCUGCAUGUAGAUGCAGAUCAGUUGCAGUCAGUGAACAUUGCUUCCCCCAUGAAGACUCCUCCACAUAGAUACAGUCCAUCUAUGUACUCACAUCAGGUAUGUACUCAUAUCCUCUAUAUCUGCUACAUGAAUAUUUAUAUAUACAGUGGUGUGAAAAAGUGU